AUGUCGGACACACGCCCCAAGAUGGGCGCCAGAAAGUCCAACCGCGGCUCUUCGGAGCGGUUCCAGUUCCUGCGGCCGAGCUCGACCGCGCGCAACAGGCAGCAGCAGCACUCGCCGCUUGCACACUCCGACUCGGAUUCCGACUCCGAGGACGGCGCAGGGACUCGCGGCGCGCCCGCCGCGAGCCCUCGGGCCGGCAGUCCCGCGCUGCCCUCGUUCGCGCGGCCCGUGGCCGCGCGCGACUCGAGGCAGCGCAUCAUAGAGCAGGACGCGGAGGACACGAUUCGCGUCAACAGUGGCAAUAACUUGAGUGACGACGACGACGACGACGACGACGGCGACCAAGGCGCCGUCCAACACUACAGCCACAAAGACAGCAGCGACAGCGACAGCGACGGCCCGGAAAACCGCAAGGAUCACGAGCGCCGCGAGGACGGCGAGGACUGCGGCAUAGAGCGCGUCGCAGCGCCCGCGGCCCGCCGCAGACGCAGCUCCGGCGCGGUUCCCCCAGAGGCAAAUGUCGGAAACCAAAACUACGACGGCGAGCGCUCGGGCUCCAGCUCCCCAGAAAAGUCCGCUAAGAGCUCGCCUAGCUCCGCCCACAGGCUGUCGAACCCCUUCAACAACAACAUCAACAACAGCAUCGCCGAAGACGAAAAGGACAACGACGACGGCUCGUCCGUGUCCGACGAGGACAAGGUGGACCACUUCAAGCGGUUUUUCCGCAGGCGGUCCUCGACGCGGCGCCGCAGCUCGCACGAUUCCAGGCCCAGCGGCAUGCGCAGCGUCCGCGAAGAAGACGAGGACGCGGAGUCGGGUAACGGGUUCCUCGACAAGUUCCUCGCCUACACCGGCGGAGGAAUGACGCCCGGGCUCACGCGCGCGGAGUCCCAGAAGUCGCGCCCGGACCGCGAAAACGUCGCAGGCCAGGAGAACCUCGAAGAGCCUGUUGAGGACUCCGACAUCCGCGAAACCGCAGAGCAGAUCUUGCAGACUCACGGCGCACGGUUCGCCGAGCACGGCGCGCAGGGUCACUCCGGCGACGCCGGUAACGUGGGCAACGCAGCCGCCGGCGCAGGUGCCGGCGAGGCCCGCAACUCGUUCCUGGAGGUCGGCAGCCCUUCUGACGGCGAGACCAUGGUCAAUUCGGCGCAGGAGCACUUUUUCGCGCCCAGAGUCGGCCACUAUGACGACAUCGACACCAGCGAGGCUUUCGACCCGCUCAUGGAAGACGAAUCGUACAUCCCACCACCCAUGCAGGUGCGCGGCGGUGUGCUGGGAUCGCUUCUCAAGAUGUACCAGAACGAGGACGACCUCGCGUCGCGGUCGCAGGUGUCGCUCGACACCACGCCCGAAGCGUGGGACUACUACGGCGAGGACGCGCCGCUGUCGGGCACGAUGAGCGGGGUGACCGCGACGGAGCCGGGCAAAAAGUCCAAGAAGAUCUCGUUCGGCGGGCUCGGCAAGAAAACGCAGAGCAUGCUGAGCUCCGAACACCUGCCCAACGGCGGCAAGCUGCCCAACUUCAAGGCCACCAGGCCCAAGAUGAAGAACGUUAAGAGUGUCGCCAAGCACGCCAACAAGCUGCGCCGCAAGCAGGCGGCCGAGGCCAAGAUCACAGUUCACAUCGCCGCGCUGCUGCAGAGACAGCGCUUCAUCCUGCGUCUCUGUAAGGCCUUCAUGCUGUACGGUGCGCCCACACACCGUCUGGAGGAAUAUAUGAUUAUGACGUCACGUGUGCUGGAGAUCGACGGCCAGUUCCUGUACGUUCCCGGCUGUAUGGUCGUCUCGUUCGGCGACGCCACCACCAGGACGUCUGAGGUGCAGCUGGUCCGGUGCGCGCAGGGCCUGAAUCUGUGGAAACUGCACCAAGUUCACGCGAUCUACAAAAGUGUCAUCCACGACUUGAUCAGCGCCGAGGACGCGAAUGUUGCCAUUGACCGCAUCAUGGCAGAGCCCAACCUGUACCCACCCUGGAUGUGCGUGCUCCUCUACGGCUUUUGCUCCUCAAUGGUCACCCCAUUCGCUUUUGGAGGCUGGUGGAUAAACAUGGCAACCUCGUUUUUCAUUGGAUGCUGCGUUGGCUGCCUACAGUUUAUUGUGUCUCAAAGAUCCAACCUGUACUCGAACGUUUUCGAGGUGACCGCCUCCAUUGUUGUUAGUUUUUGCGGCAGAGCGUUGGGUUCCAUCAAGAACUCUGACAUUUGUUUCGGUGCAACUGUUCAGGGCUCCCUUGCACUCAUUUUACCAGGCUUUAUUAUCUUGACCGGUUCCUUGGAGCUUCAAAGCAGAAACUUGGUGGCUGGUUCCGUUCGUAUGUUUUACGCUAUCAUCUACUCCUUGUUUCUUGGUUUCGGUAUCACCCUGGGGGCAGCUUUAUUUGGUUGGAUUUACAACAAAGGCGACAGACAAGCAAGUGAUGAGACAACUUGCAAUAGAAAGGUGUCUCCAUGGUACUACUUCAUUUUUGUCCCGUUUUUCUCAAUUGGGUUGGGCUUAAUCAAUCAAGCCAAGUGGUCCCAGUUGCCGGUAAUGACCCUCAUCUCCUGCUGUGGCUACGGUGUCACCUAUGCAUCGGGUCUGCACUUCAAGAACUCAACCGAGUUCCGGUCUGCAAUGGCUGCAUUUGUCAUUGGUAUCUUAGGUAACCUGUACUCCAGAAUCUGGAAGGGUCUCGCUGUCUCAGCCAUGCUGCCCGCCAUCUUUGUUCAGGUUCCAUCAGGUAUUGCAUCUCAGAGUACUUUGUUGGCAGGUGUCCAAAGUGCAAACGAAAUCACAAACACAAACGGAACUACCACUGUUGUCAGCGGCACUUCGGAUAUCUCCAGUUCCAUGUCGUUCGGUGUCACCAUGAUUCAAGUUUCCAUUGGCAUUUCGGUUGGUCUAUUCGCCUCCACAAUUUUCGUUUACCCAUUUGGAAAGAAGAAGACCGGCCUAUUCACCCUCUAA